AUGAGUGCGAUAACUGUCACGCCAGGCGUAAAUGCCACUAUCGGGGCCGUGGACACCGAGGGUCCGGUUUUCACUCUGCACUAUCAGAUCUUGUCCCGGGUCUUAGGGACGUUUUUGGCUGCAUAUGUUGCUUGGCAGUACUUGUUGAGAAUCGGUGCGCUAUGGAACUCUCAAUCGGAGCCUCCGAUGCUGUCAUAUUGGAUCCCUGGCAUUGGCCACAAUAUAUCAUUUUUCACAGAUGUUGAGAAGCUGUUGGUGGCUGCAAGAUCAUAUUUUCGGAUCCCUGCGCAACCCUUCAGUGUUUUAAUUGGAGGUCGCCGCACAUACGUAAUUCUUGACCCUCACUAUAUUGCCGAGACUCACCAGAAAACUAAAGAGUUACAUUUUGACGCCUACAUUGACCAGUUCAUGGAAUACGUUUCAGUCUCCAAAAAGGCCAGAGAUAUCCUAUGGGGAACUACUGUCAGCGAGACAUCCUUAUCCGUCCCAAAUUCUCUUCGAUCUUGGAUACGAGCAGAUAUGACUCAAACUUCAUCCCGAAAGUUCUACAGCGAAUUCUUAUUAGAGCUCGACAGCGUUAUGCAACAGGGGAGUUCUUUCACAACGGGUAAGAGCAGUGAGCAUGACAUGCUCAAGUGGACAAGUGACAUUAUCGUCAAGGCUUCCACAAAGAGCUUCUUCGGAAAUGCUCUCUUCGAGAACUCGCCUGGACUUGUCGACGACUUUCGCAGAUUCAAUCGUCAGACCUGGAAACUCUUGUAUAAAUACCCGAGGUUCCUAUCGAGAACAGCUUACGACUCGAGAGAUUCUGCAAUCGAUGGUCUCGAGAGGUACUUCAAGAUGCCGCAGGACCAAAGACGAGAUGCGGCUCCGUUUGUGAUAAAGGCUGAGGAUGAGAUGCGAAGACAUGGGAUAAGCGAUCGGGAUAUUGCUGCUGUUCUGUUCAAGCUAUACUGGGCCAUCAAUGGAAACCCCUCUGUUCUUGCGUUCUGGCUUCUGGUUCGAACUCUUUACACCCCUAAUCUCAAGGAGGAUAUCAAAAGAGAGGUCGUACCAGCUUUCAAGAAUGGUAUUCACCACCAACCAGAUGUAGAAUACCUCAAAGAAUGUCCAAAGCUCAACGCGACAUACUACGAGGCGAUGCGACUCCACAGCGGCUCAUCCAGCUUUCGGCGCGCCGCCCAAGACACAACAAUCGCUGGCUUCCAGCUCAAAGCCGGGAACGAUGUAAUGAUGCCUUAUCGCCAACUCCAUCUCAAUAAAGAAUACUGGGGCGAAAACGCGGAAGACUUUGAUAUCGACAAGUUCGUUGACAACCCGAAGUUACACUCGGCGAGAACGUAUAAGCCAUUCGGCGGAGGUACGACGUUAUGUCCCGGAAGGCUUUUGGCGCGGCAAAUGGCUUUAGUAUAUCUUGCGAUCCUUGUCACGCGAUAUGACAUUCAGGUUAUUGGGGGCUGUUCGAGCCAGCCUUUUCCAGAAGCGAAUGAUAAAGUGCCGACGCUGGGUAUCAUCUCUCCGAAACCGGGACAUGAUGUUAAGAUUUUGGUGAGAGACGUCAGAGCAGACUAA